AUGGGUUCUUAAUGUUGUAAUGGAUAGCAAAAAUCAUUGAAUAAUAAUGAGAUUGUAAAUGAUAGUAUAAAGAACAGUUCUUUAUUCAAAUAAUCAAUACAUAGCCUUCCAUUUACGAAUUAAAUGCCAUGCAAUAAUGAUGAAAUAUUGGAGUUGAAAAAAGAGAGUUAGAUGGGGAUUCCUGAAAUAAGUGAGAAUGUAAGUAAAGUAAAUGAGAGUGAGAAGGAGAAACAACAAAUGGCAUUAUCAUAAUUAACAGUUGCUUAAGAUCCAAAAUCAAGCAAUAAUGUAGGGAAUUAAUAAGAUUAAAAAUAAUAAGAAGGUUACAAUAAUCGAUCACAAUCUACACCAUAUAAGAGAAAGACAAUAACUUCAAUAGGUACAGUUAAAUUGGGGGCAGAUGUUUUUGUAAGUUUAAAGUAGGGGAGUAUAGGAAAGUUUUAUUCAACUGGUUCUACUUUAGGAGCAGGAGCUUAUGGAAAAGUAUGGAAAGUAACUCAUAAAAGCACUGGUAUGAAGUUAACUAAAAAUAGGGCUAAUAAGGGCUAUGAAAUAGAUAAAGAAGUCAUCAUUGAUUUAGGAAGAAUAAUAGAGGUUAUUUGCAGAAAUGAAUAUUCUAAAGAAUUUAGAUCAUCCUCAUAUAGUGAAAUUGUAUGAAUUGUAUUAAGAUGAAUAAAAUUAUUAUUUAAUAACAGAAUAUUUGAGUGGAGGUGAAUUAUUUGAGAGAAUUAAAGCGAUGACAAUAUUUAAUGAAAAGAAAGCAGCUGAAUAUAUGAGAUAAAUAUUAUCUGCUGUUAUGUAUUGUCAUGAAUAAAAGAUUGUUCAUAGAGAUUUAAAACCUGAAAAUAUUUUAUUUGUUAAUGAUACAUAGAAUUCACCAUUAAAAAUAAUAGAUUUUGGAACAUCUAGAAAAUAUGAUCCAUCAAAAAAAAUGACAAAGAAAUUGGGAACUGUAACUAAUUGAUUUAAUAAAUAUCAUUUUAGCCUUAUUAUAUAGCACCAGAAGUAUUGAAAUAAGAUUAUAAUGAAAAAUGUGAUAUUUGGUCAUGUGGAGUAAUCUUGUAUAUACUAUUGUGUGGAUAUCCUCCAUUUACAGGUAAAACUGAAAAAGAAAUAAUGAAAAAAGUAGGAGAAGGGAAAUAUGAAUUUGAUGGUAAUUUUAUCGUUUUUAUAUUAAGUGCAGCUGAUGAUUGGAAUUAAAUAUCCAAAGAGGCUAAGAAUCUAAUUAAUAGAAUGUUACAUGUGAAUCCUAAUUUUAGAAUUUCAGCAAAAUAAGCAUUGAAUGAUGCUUGGAUUAUAAAACAUUGUUCAUAAACUAUUAUUAAUACUAAUGUUAAUUAGAGAGUAUUAUAGAAUCUCUAAAAAUUUUAAGUAUUAAUAAUACAUUUAGAGUUUUAGGCUAAAUCAAUUUUCUCAUAAGCAGUAUUAUCAUAUAUUGCUUUUUAAAUGACAAAUCAUAUAGAAUAAGAUGAAUUAUUAAAAACAUUUUAAAGUCUCGAUAAGAAUAAUGAUGGAAUUUUAUCAAAAGAGGAACUUAUUGAAGGAUAUAAUACAAUCUAUUAAGAUAAAGAGAAAGCUGAAUAAGAAGUUAUAAAGAUACUGCAAUUAAUAGAUUUGAAUCAAAGUGGUUAAGUGGAUUUUUCAGGUUUUAUUUUAAGAUUGAUUAAAUUUAGAGUUUUUAAUGGCAGCUAUGAAUUAAGAGAAAUUAGUUUCUUUAUAGAAAGUAAAAGCUGCAUUCAAAGUAUUUGAUGCAAAUGAUGAUGGCAAGAUUUCUAAAUAGGAAUUAGAAUAAAUGAUUGGUACUUUGGAUUAAGAAUUAUGGGAAUAGAUUUUAGAAGAAUGUAAUGCGAAAGAAUUUAUAACAGAAAAAGAAUUUAUGAAUAUUUUACUUAAUUAAAAAAUUUGA